UAUUUGUCAUUCCGUCCUCUCAUUUAGAUCAUAUUGUAUCAUAUUAACAAUGAGAUAUAUAUAAAAGCACCCAUAUUAUUUAACAAUUACCAUAUUUAUCUUAUUUUACUUAAAUUUUCUCAUUAAAAAAAGUUGAACCACCCGUAUCAUAGUAGGAUAUAGUCCGAGACGUAUUGUCAUGUGUUCCACAAGCGUCGGUGUCUGAUACGAUAUCCGACACAAACACGACAAUUGGAUGAAACGUCCAUGUAUCCUAACUAGUCACUACGCUACUACAGUUCACAUUUUCAAACUCAAAUCGGCGCCUUCCUCACUUCUUUCGUGAAUAACCACAGUAACCCCCCUUCACUCUCCCCCCAAAAUCACAUUUUUGAAUCUUGAAUUUUUCUCUCUCCUCCUAUUCUCAUAACUUCCCCUCUUUUUUCCUCAUCAAACUCGCUACAAAACUCAAACCAAAUUCAAAAACACCCCAAAAAUUAAAAAAUCACAAAAAAUGGGUUGUGUAUCUUCAACACUCCUAAACCAAGACGAUGAUUUCCCCCAAAUCGGAAGCACCGCCUUUAACCACCACAUUGUCUCUCUCACUUCCACCACUUACGGCCUUCUUUCGCUAGAUCCCCCACCAGCCUCUUCCCCUAUGACACCGCCUCAGCCGCUCCCUCGCUUCUCUCUAACACCCAAAUCUCUAUUCGUUGACCAACCUCCUACCGAAGUCAUCAAUUCAUGGGAACUCAUGGCCGGCCUCGACUCAAUCACACCCGAAAAUAAUGAGAUUCAAGAUAACAAUAAAAGUUUUAGAUUCACUCCUCAGUUGUCUAACUCCAAACCUUGUACCCCUAAAUUCUUUUCCAAAUUCAAAGAGAAUUCGAACCCGAAUACUAAUGCUCGGGUUCGAAAGCCCCGGCAACUGUUUCCAGAACUAGAUGCCGGGGUAGAGAAUACGGCGAUCCAUGGUUGCGGAAUUAAGUGUAAAUUGGAGCAGUUUCCGGAAAUUUGUCCGCCAAAUGGGGAGGACAAAGUAGUGCUUUACACUACCUCUUUAAGAGGGGUUCGGAAGACGUUUGAGGGUUGCAAUGCGGUUAGAUCGGUGAUUCGAGGUUUGAGUUUUGGCAUUUGCGAAAGAGAUAUAUCAAUGGAUCGCGGGCUAAGAGAUGAAUUGAAGAAAUUGUUUUCGCCUUCGCCUUCGCCUCCGCCGCUGCCCUGUUUAUUCAUAAAAGGGCGGUAUAUUGGAGGAGUUGAUGAAGUGUUGAAAUUACAUGAGGAAGGUGGGCUUGUUGAGCUGCUUCAAGGGUUACCGAGACUCGAGGCCGGUACCGUGUGUGAAGGGUGCGGUGAUGUUAGGUUCUUGCCUUGUUUUCGGUGUAAUGGGAGUUGUAAAUUGGUUGUGGUUGUGAAAGAGGUUGAUGAUGAUAAUCCGGAAAAUGUUAUUAGUAUGAAUAAUUAUGUUAGUAGUGAUAGUAUUCAGAGGUCUGUUGUGAUGAGAUGCCCUGAUUGUAAUGAGAAUGGUUUAGUGCUCUGCCCUAUUUGCAGUUGAUCAAAUCAUAAAUUAAUUUGUAAGUUUAUCUAUCUCAAAUCUUCUCAUUUGAGUUGUUUAUUUAAACUAUAAUUUUAAUUAUAUCAUACUGUUUGUGUAUUGUUAAUGUAGUAAUACAAGAUAUUAUAAACUAGAAAAUUCGGUUUCUA